AUGGAGUACCAUAUUCAGGAAAGCAUGAUAUUCCUUACCGAGAUUCUUUUUAGUGGUGGAAUUCCUUUUGAUUGCCAUGCUUCCGCAAUCACACCUCACCAUAAUUUUCUUAUUCAGACGCAUCAAAAGAAUAAAAACGAAAGAGAUGAAGAAGAAGAAACUGAGAAAAAAGGAAACAGAGCGGUGUUCUCCUCUAUUCUGCAACCACACAUCGUGACUCCACCAUCAUCUCCUACCUUCGCCACGUCUCCGUCACCCCCUUCGCCAGCGCCGCCGUAUACUUUCCCUCCUCUCUCCAUCGGCGAUACCUCCGAAAUGAAGCACUACGACAUAUCUGGAACAACUAUUUCUGUUGCUCUCUUCACAGAGGUCGCUAAUUCCAAGGAACUCUUGGAGCUGAUGCAAGCUGGAACACUAGAGCCUGAAAUAGCCCUCCUCAAUGCAUCUUUGAUUCCAGAUAUUUUCCCGGUUUUAGCAGCUGCUCAUAAAACACUUGUAUCCAAAUCAAGGGAUUCAUUGACAACUCGGACUCUUCAUUCUGAGCUUGUUUAUAAUUACUCGGGAUCUAAACAUAUUUCUGAAUCAUUAAAACGUUGUGGUAUCUCUGAUAGCACCACAUAUGUUCUUGCUGCUCGAUUUAAUGCUUCUGAAGAUGAGUUGAGUGCCAUGAAGGCACUUAUCAAAGGAAAGGAAAUUGAUUUAGAAGAGUUGGAAGGAAGAGCAAAUAAAUCUCAAAUACUAAAGCAAUACAAAAUAACGGGGGUAGAACUGGGAAUAUCAACCAUUGGAGAUGCUAUAACAUGUCGGAUUGCUGCCCGGGAUGCUUUGUGAGGGUACCCAUUUGAUAUUUCUUUCUGUUUUUAUCCCUUGUGUGUGUAUUUUUCUGGAAAAAAGUUUUGAAUUUUCAUUUUUUUUUCUGCUAAGAUAACAACACUGUUGUAUUUGAAAAUAUCUUCCUUGAAUUUGUAUAAAUUGUUAGUGAAUUUCUAAAAACCUAGGCCUUGUUUGGUAAAAAUAAGCUUUAUUGUUUGGUAAAAUACUUUGAGAUAGUU